UGUUUUAUUUGAUCAGUCCACCCCCACAAAUAGAGACAUUUGGAUUCCCAGAGUGCAGCUGAAUUAACCUAAGAGCUCAUGAGAUGAGUUCGUCUUCGCAACUCUACAGCAUAGGAGACAGGAUUCUCCAUCUCUUGAACACUUGCACUUCUCCCACACAACUCCACCAAAUCCAAGCCCAAAUCAUACUUCACAAACUUCAUUUCGACACCACCGUCGUCUUCCACUUCAUCAAAGCUUGUCAAUCUCUUCGUCUCUUAGACUCCGCGCUCCUCCUGGCCACCCAGAUUCCUAGACCCCAUGUCUUCAUCUGCAACUCCCUCAUCAGAGCCUUCUCUCACACCCAUUCACCCCAAGCCUCCAUUUCUGUUUAUGCCCGUAUGCUGAGAGACUCUGUUUCUCCCAAUAACUUCACCUUCCCCUUCAUUCUGAAAUCCCUCUCUGACCUCAAGCACCUCAAACAGGGCCAGGCCGUCCAUACCCAGAUCAUUAAAUUAGGCCAUUUCAAUGAUAUCUACAUUCAGAAUUCACUGUUGAACCUCUACGCGGCCUGCGGUGAUAUGGAGACAUGUCAACGGGUGUUUGAUGAAAUGCCUCGGAAAGAUGCUGUUUCUUGGACUGUCUUAAUUGCCGGCAAUCGAAGUGCUAGGAAGCUUGACGAGGCACUUAUUGCCUUCGAGCAGAUGCAAUUCUCAGGUGUAUUGCCAAAUCCCGUGACGAUGGUGAAUGCGUUGUCCGCAUGUGCCAGCUCUGGUGCGCUUGAAAUGGGUGCUUGGAUACAUGAUUUCAUAACAAGGCAGGGAUGGAAAUUGGAUGUGAUUCUCGGCACUUCUUUGGUUGAUAUGUACGGGAAAUGCGGUAGAAUCGACGCGGGGUUGAGUGUUUUCCAUAGUAUGGGUGAGAAGAAUGUCUAUACGUGGAACUCACUUAUCAAAGGACUCGCUCUGGCGAAGAGCGGACAGGAGGCAGUACGGUGGUUUUCUCGGAUGGAAGAAGAAGGGAUCAAGGCGGACGAAGUGAGUUUAAUUGGAGUCCUAUGUGCUUGCAGCCAUUCUGGGUUAGUUCAAACGGGCCGAGAGAUCUUCCAUUCCAUGAUUGAUGGGAAAUAUGGAUUUUCACCAGGUGUUAAACACUAUGGGUGUAUGAUUGAUCUGUUUGGGCGUGCAGGUUAUCUUGAAGAAGCAUUCGAAUUCAUAGAAAGAAUGCCUUUUCAUCCUACAAAAGUUAUGUGGGGAGCACUGUUAGCCGGGUGCAGAGCUCAUGGAGAUUUAGAACUCAGCGAAUUUGCAGCAAGGAAGCUCGUGGAGUUGGAACCUAACAAUGGCGCUUACUAUAUUCUGUUAUCCAACUUGUGUGCAGAGAUGGGCAGGUGGAACGAUGUGGAGAAGGUGAGGCGGUUAAUGAGAGACAGGGGACUUAGGAAGGAUUUAGGAUCUAGUUCAAUACAACUCCAAGAACCCAAGAGACAUGUUUAUGGAUUAUUAGCACCAUGAGUCUCAUUUCUUGGAAGAAAUUACACCUGUUUGAGCUUGCCGGGUUUCUUUCGAUCAGCUGGCUAGUAUUUCUAUUUUUAUAGCGUGGGUCUGCAGUCUUGUGUCAUGCCAUCAACAAUUUGAUCAAUCAAAUGGUCUUAGAUUGAUGCAGUUGGCAACUUUUGUUUACUGCCUCAGACGGAGUAAUUGAACAGACCAGGGUGGUCUCAGAAAGGAUGAUCCUGAUCGAUGCAUUGGCCCACUCUGGAACUGCGGAUAGGCCUACUAUGAUUUGGGCAACGCGGUGGUUGGAUGGCUGAUGGCUUCGGGGAUCAAUUAGGGCCUACUAGAUUUUAGAAGAAUGAACCAGGGGUGCAGGCUGGGAUGAAGGCUACUUGUGGGUUAUUGUUUUUCCCCCUCAGUCUCAAGCCAAAAGUUUCCAUUGAUCUGAUAUGUGUCUGUACAACCAAGGCUCAAACAAGUAUACAAUUUAUUUGAAA